AUGUUAUACUUAAGGUCCUUUUCGCAAUGCAGGUCUUUCUCUAAAAUCCAUGUUAAAACUCCAGUGGUAGAAAUUGAUGGAGAUGAAAUGGCGCGCGUUAUGUGGCAUCACAUCCGUGAAAGCUUAAUUCUACCACACCUAGACGUUAAGCUAGAGUAUUAUGAUCUUGGAAUUAAGGUAAGAGAUGGCACGGGAGACCGUAUAACUGUAGAUGCAGCUAAUGCCAUCAAGAAAUAUGGGGUAGGAGUGAAGUGUGCUACCAUCACUCCAGACGAGGAAAGAAUGAAGGAGUUCAACCUAACCCGCAUGUGGAGGUCACCCAAUGGUACUAUUCGUAAUAUUCUUGGGGGUACUGUGUUCCGUGAGCCAAUUGUCAUUCCACGGAUUCCACGCCUUGUACCUGGGUGGGAAAAACCUAUUGUCAUCGGUAGACAUGCGCACGGGGACCAAUAUCGCGCAACGGAGACAAAGGUGCCAGGUGCCGGUACUAUAGAAUUGGUUUACAAGCCUAAGGAUGGCUCUUCACCUCAAACCCUUGAAGUUCAUGCUUUUGACGCUCCGGGCAUUGCAAUGGCUAUGUAUAAUACCGAUGCCUCAAUUCGUGAUUUCGCCCACUCAUCUUUCCGGACUGCAUUAAGCAAGAAGCUAGACCUUUUCUUAGCUACUAAGAAUACUAUUUUAAAAACUUACGAUGGUCGUUUCCGUGACAUCUUCAGUGAAAUCUACGAGAAAGAUUAUGCCGCUGAAAUGAAAUCUCUUGGAAUAAAGUAUGAGCACAGGUUAAUUGACGAUAUGGUAGCACAAAUGAUGAAGUCCUCUGGUGGAUUUGUUCUCGCUCUUAAGAACUACGAUGGUGAUGUGCAAUCAGACAUUGUAGCACAAGGUUUUGGCUCACUUGGGUUGAUGACAUCGACUUUAGUCACACCCGACGGGUCCGCUUUUGAGAGUGAAGCCGCCCAUGGUACUGUGACUCGUCACUUUAGACAGCAUCAAAAAGGACUACAAACGUCUACCAAUCCAAUUGCCUCCAUUUUUGCUUGGUCUCGUGGAAUUGCUAGACGUGGUGUAGUGGACGGUUCUCAAGAUGUUGUCAAUUUUGCUCAGGCACUAGAAGAUGCAACUGUAGGUGUCGUACAAGAAGAAGGUAUAAUGACUAAAGAUCUCGCAUUAGUUUGUGGACGUAAUGAACCUGAGGCUUACGUGAAUACAACGGAAUUCAUAUCCGCAGUGGAGAGGAAAUUAGCAGAGACUAUUGCUAUGCACAAGAAUUAG